AUGUAUUCCAAUGGAAAACAUUGCCUGUUUUUUCUUUUGCUCAGAAGUAUUCUGUCGGACCCCAGUCACACAAACCAAGUUGUUCUGUUGGACACCACGGCAGUCCUAGGGGAGCUGGACUGGAGGACCUACCCAGUAAAUGGGUGGGAUGCCAUCACAGAGAUGGAUGAGCAGAACCGCCCCAUCCAUACCUUCCAAGUUUGUCAUGUGAUGGAGCCCAACCAGAACAAUUGGCUCCGGUCAGGCUGGAUCCAACGCCAAGCAGCCCAGAAGGUGUACGUGGAGAUGCGCUUCACGCUGCGAGACUGUAACUCCAUCCCCUGGGUGCCUGGGACCUGCAAGGAGACUUUUAACCUCUUCUACCUGCAGACCGACGAACCGCACGCCUCUGGAACUCGCUUUCGUCCGGUUGAAUACGCCAAGGUGGACACCAUUGCAGCAGAUGAGAGUUUUACACAGACAGACCUGGGGGACCGGGUGCUGCGGCUCAACACUGAGGUCCGCCAGGUCGGUCCCGUGACCCGGAAGGGCUUCUACCUGGCCUUCCAGGAUGUGGGUGCCUGCAUCGCCCUGGUGUCUGUCCAAGUCUUCUACAAGCGUUGCCCUUCCACGCUACGCAACCUGGCCGCGUUCCCCGACACCGUGCCCCAGCUGGACUCCUCCUCGCUGGUGGAGGUCCGCGGGGCGUGCGUGGAAAAUGCAGAGGAGCGAGACACGCCUAAGCUUUACUGCGGCGCCGACGGAGAUUGGCUGGUGCCCCUCGGGAGGUGUGUCUGCAGCAUAGGGCACGAGGAGAUGGAAGGAUACUGUAAAGCAUGUAAAGCAGGCUUCUACAAGGCCUAUGCUGGGAACAUCAAGUGUUCCAAGUGUCCUCCUCACAGCUCCAGCCACGACCAGGCUGCCACCCUCUGCCAUUGUGAAAAAGGAUUCUACCGGGCUGUUAAAGACCCCUCUACAAUGGCCUGCACUAGGUCCCCCUCAGCCCCCAGGCACCUGGUGUCCCUCAUCAACGAGACCGCCCUCUUCCUGCAGUGGGCCCCGCCCAGCGACAUGGGCGGCAGGAAGGACCUCACGUACAACGUCCUGUGUCAGCGCUGCCCAGGCAGUGGGGUCUGCGAGCCCUGCGAGGUGGACCUGCGCUUCUUGCCGCGCCCGCUGGGCCUGACAGGAACCUCCGUGGUGGUGCUGGACUUUGCCGUUCACGCCAACUACACCUUCCACGUGGAGGCGAUCAAUGGUGUGUCGGGGCUGGGGCAGACGGAACGCUCGCUGGCCAAUAUCACCGUCACCACUGACCAGACUGGUCCCUCUCUGGUGGGUGUGGUACGUAUGGACUGGUCCUCCCAAAAUAGUAUCGCCCUCUCCUGGACAGAGGUGGAGCAGCUCGCACUGGUGAUUCUGGACUAUGAGAUCAAGUACUAUGAGAAGGAGCAGGAACAGCUGAGCUACUCGUCGACGCGCACCAAGACCCCCAGCGUGGUGGUAACAGGCCUCCAUCCCUCCACCCUGUACGUGUUCCACGUGCGCGCUCGCACCACCACUGGCUUCACCGCCUACAGCCCCAAGUUUGAGUUUUCUACCGCAGCAGAGAGCUCGGAAAUGGUGGCUGAUCAGGGUCAGGUGCUGGUGGUUGUCACAGCAGCGGUGGGCGGCUUUUCUUUAUUGGUCAUCCUUACUCUUUUCCUUCUCAUCACUGGACGGUGCCAGUGGUACAUCAAGUCUAAGAUGAAGUCUGCGGACAAGAGGAGGACGCAUUAUCACAGUGGACAUGGUGAAACACAGUUCUUUCCCUUUCCUGGCAUAAAGACAUAUGUGGAUCCAGACACUUACGAAGACCCAACCCAGGCUGUUCACGAGUUUGCCAAGGAGAUCGACCCCUCCCGCAUACGCAUCGAGAGAGUGAUUGGAGCGGGGGAGUUUGGGGAGGUUUGUAGUGGGCGCUUGCGAACCCCAGGGAAAAAAGAGAUCUCCGUUGCCAUCAAGACACUUAAGGGAGGAUAUGUGGAGCGCCAAAGAUGGGACUUCCUGCGAGAGGCCAGCAUUAUGGGACAGUUUGACAACCCCAACAUCAUUAGGCUGGAGGGAGUAGUCACCAAAAGCAGGCCGGUGAUGAUCGUGGUGGAGUUCAUGGAGAACGGAGCUUUGGACUCCUUCCUGAGGAAACACGACGGCCACUUCACUGUGAUCCAGCUGGUGGGCAUGCUCCGUGGCAUCGCCUCAGGUAUGACCUACCUGUCAGACAUGGGCUAUGUGCACCGCGACCUGGCCGCGCGCAACAUCCUGGUGGACGAGGGCCUGGUGUGCAAGGUGUCUGACUUCGGCCUGUCCAGGAUCCUGGAGGAUGACCCUGAGGCUGCCUACACCACCACGGGGGGUAAGAUUCCUAUCCGCUGGACCGCCCCUGAGGCCAUCGCCUACAGGAAGUUCUCGUCCGCCAGCGACGCCUGGAGUUAUGGAAUUGUCAUGUGGGAGGUGAUGUCAUACGGGGAGAGGCCCUACUGGGAGAUGUCCAAUCAGGAUGUGAUCCUCUCUAUUGAGGAGGGCUACCGACUGCCUGCGCCCAUGGGCUGCCCUGUGGCCCUGCACCAGCUGAUGCUGCACUCCUGGCAGAAGGAGCGAGGCCAGAGGCCACACUUCACAGACGUGGUGUCCUUCCUGGACAAGCUGAUACGUAACCCCAGCAGCCUGCUCCCUCUGGUGGAGAAUGUCCGAAGUUUCCCAGAAUCCCCAGAGGACAUGCCUGACUACCCACUGUUCAUCUCCAUUGGUGAUUGGCUGGACUCCAUAAAGAUGAGCCAAUACAAGAACAACUUCCUGGCAGCAGGGUACACGACCCUGGACUCUGUCUCUACCAUGAGUAUAGAUGACGUUCGGCGUAUUGGCGUGUCUCUCAUCGGCCACCAGAGGAGGAUAGUGAGCAGCAUUCAGACCCUGCGACUGCAGUUCCUCCACGUCCAGCAGAGUGGCUUCCAUGUGUGA